CGCAACUUUGAUAUGCCCUGACAAUAUCCAAUAUUUUCACGCCGAUCUUGCUCGUCGGGCGUUCACGAUAACCUCGUGGGUUGCAUUCUUCGCAGGUCUCGUACUCCAAAUCACCUCGAGAUGCAUGAUGAUGAGGCUCAUUUCGGUGGCGGACCACGACCGCCGACGCUACCCUCGGCGAAACGAGAUUAAAACGCCGAUUCUAGGCAGGCACCAGCGGCAAAAUAGGCACGCCUCCCGGGCCCGUGCCAAGGGGAAGCCUACUUCGGGGCAGGCCCUAUCAAUGCCAAGACAGAAAAGAUGGGGCCGUUGCCGUCAUGGCCCGUUCGAGAGCUCCGGCACCGGGAAUAACAACCCGGCAUCUCCACAUAUGUGGGAAAUAUGACCUAACUCCGAUCAAAGGCCGGUGUCUCUGAUGCGGCAAAUGCGGUCAACAGAUACUGUAGACAGGUACAGGGCUCUGUGGGCGCUCGUGGCCAUACAUUCCCUCGGCACCUCCGUUCGCUUUGGCCGGCACCUGGGCGGGGAUGCAUCAGGGCGAAAGGACAUGAUUGUGGAGAAAUGUGAAAAUUUGCCUCCAUCGCUGAGCCGAUUAAGAAUCACCGUCCCUAACAUAUUAUCCUCUCGUCUUGGCGGUUAGACACACGUGGGUUUGGAACAAAACCUAUUCGAUAUCAUCCAUCCAUCACUGCUCUAAAGAAAAGUUGAACAUGAAGUGUGACCAAGACUUUCCAAAUCCUCCAAAUCCUCCCCUUGCCUCGGCAACACCCGAAACGCCCCCAGCGAAAUCGGAUCUAGACUCGGGGCUAGACCAUGAAGGCUCCGCCGGCGUCCUAGGCGGGGCGACCCCGUCGAGAGCAAACUCCAUCAGCUCUGCUGGGUCCCGGGAGCAGCCGGACUCGGCCCCGGACCCGGAGGCGCUGGCCCGGGUGCCAAGUGGUCCCGCGUACACCGUCUUCAGCAAGUCCACAAAGACGUGGAUCAUCGUCAUGGUCUCCAUCUCGAGCUGCAUAUCGCCCAUGACGGCCAACAUCUACUUCCCCGCCCUGAACGCCAUAUCACACGACCUGGGCGUCUCGGUCGGGCUUAUCAACCUCACGCUCACGACUUACAUGAUCUUCCAGGGGCUGUCGCCCACCAUCUUUGGCGACUUUGGCGACAUGGCCGGCAGGAGGCCGGCCUUCAUCAUCGCCUUCUCCAUCUACGUGGCCGCCAAUAUCGGCCUCGCCCUCCAGGAUAACUACGCCGCCCUCAUGGCCCUGAGGUGCCUGCAGAGCGCAGGGAGCAGCGGCACGCUCGCCCUGGGGUUCGCCGUGGUCGCUGACGUCGCCGUCAGCUCCGAGAGGGGGAAGUACAUGGGCUUUGUCAGUGCCGGUAUCCAGCUCGGACCCGCACUCAGCCCAGUGCUGGGCGGUGUCCUUUCGCAGUACCUCAGCUGGCGAGCAAUCUUUUGGUUCUGCGGCAUCUUUGCCUUCGUCUGGCUGAUCCCCUAUACCCUGUUCAUCCCAGAGACGUCUCGCAAGGUCGUCGGGAACGGCUCCAUCCCUGCCCAAGGGUGGAACCUGACGCUCGUGGAGUACAUGCGACAGCGGAGGCACCCCACGGCCGAGGAGAACACCGUGCAGAAACGCAAGCUGUACCUGCCCAACCCUUUCAAGACGCUCAAGGUCGUGCUGGAGAAGGACCUGGGCCUAAUUUUAAUGUUCAACUCGUUACUCUACAUCCUCUUCAUGUCGGUCAUCGCCACCCUCUCGACCGAGUUCGCGCGCAUCUACAAGCUCUCGGACCUGCAGAUCGGGCUCUGCUACCUGCCGUACGGCGUGGGCUGCUUCGCGGCCGCCAUCGCGCAGGGCUACGUGCUCGACUGGAACUACCGGCGGAUCGCGCGUAAGAUCGGCUUUACCAUCGACCGGAAGCGCGGGGACGACCUGUCCAAGUUCCCAAUCGAGCGCGCGCGCAUCCAGCCCAUCGUACCGUUCCUGGUCCUCGGCCUCGCCGGCACCAUCGGCUACGGCUGGGCGCUGGACAGGGAGGUCAUGAUCGCCGUGCCGCUGGUGCUCAUAUUCUUUGUCGGCAUCUGCAUCAACGGCGCCUUCUCCCUCUUCAACACACUCCUCGUGGACGGAUACCCUCACGCACCGGCUACGGCCAUCGCGGCCAACAACCUGAUACGCUGCUCCGUGGGCGCCGUCGUCAUGUCCCUCAUUGAGAAAAUGCUCAGCGCUCUUGGGCGUGGAUGGUGCUUCACGUUCCUCAGCCUCUUCUGUGCCGCCUUCUCGCCCUCGCUCUUGGCCCUCCUUCGCUGGGGCCCCGGCUGGAGAGAGGAGCGGAGGCUGCGCAUGAAAAAGCAGAAGGAGGAGGAGAAGGAGAAGGCAGCGCAGCAGGGUGAGAAAUAACGAGACUUCUCGAGCGAACUGGCACCCAGGACUCGGUGUUCACACUCUCUCGCUAGAUCCUAAACCUCCAUUAAUGCUUUCUUUUACGAGCCUUGUCGAAACCUUGCUCCCCGUUUGCUCAACCAGAUUGAUUAUUUUAGCAUUAGAAACCCACAGAAUGGGUAACGAAAACAGAACCCUGUAACAUGAAGCAAGCCCAUAAUAUAGAAGAUGGACGUGCUGUUUAGAUGGAUUUAGCAUUAGUAAUUCUCAUACACGUUUCCUUACCUAUGUCUUCGCCGAGCUGUGUG